GUCCCGACCCGGCCACACAACCGCCGAUCAUUGUCAACGCAUUUACGGGUUUUGUCCAAACGCCCUCUUCUAAUUCAUCCUCGAAGGCCAAUCAGAAAAACCACUUUUUUACUAAUCAAUUUGCUGAUUUUCCCAUUUCGAUUUUGAAAAGAAGAAAAUGAAACAGUUUCCGGGAUUCACAGUUCAAAUUAUUGUCAGUAUAGGGAUUUUUCAAAUUCUCGAUCAAACUUUUCGAAUUUGAUUUCACUUUUUUACUCCUUGUUGCAGCCACGGAGGUUCCUUCUUCGUCUUUCGUAGUGGUUCGUCAUUUUAACUGAAAGAAAUCAAAUUCAAAUGAAGCAUUUUUAAUUAACUUAUUUUUUGUUUGGGGGGAGAAAAAAAAGGUCAACGUAUUAAAAAAACUGGAGUCUUAGCUAUGUUGGGUGAGAAUCGCUGUGGGUUUAAAGUUGAAAGCUGUUUCUUUCAUUUGGCUGAAUGGCAUCCUUUGCCAUAGCAUAGCUGAUUAGGGAACCAAGCCCCUUUUAUCUCUCGUUAAAAUCAGGCUUAAGGUUUUCUGUUCAUCAUUCCGAGACUUGGUAGCAGCAAUUUACUACUUUCAAUGUUUUGAGUGUUCAAAUGUUUAGUAAGGGCGUUUCAUUUGCUAGAGCAAUGGGUUGUUGUGGGUGCUUCGGCUUUGGAUUCGGCUUCACAGCAAAGCCCAGAAACAUACCAAGACCCAAUUGUAGAUCGAACUUUCAAAUUUCCCAGGAGCAUCUGUUAGAUGAAGAAAUAGAAGAAGACGAUGAUUAUUUAUAUAACACUAACAGCGAGGUUACCGACACUGCUCAUGGAGAUGAGGUUGAGUCUACGAGCCGUGCGAAGCACUCUGAAGAAAUUUUGAGGUUCAAACUUGACAAUGGCUUGAUUUGCAGGCAGUCCCCUGUGAAGGAAACCAACAAAAUUGUCCGGUCAGAGGAUGAGAACGGGAAUAAGAUGAUUAAUGAGUAUGUGAGGGAAUACAAGAUUGGUUCUGGUAGCUAUGGAAAAGUGGUUCUAUAUCGAAACAGUGUAGAUGGGAAACACUAUGCCAUUAAGGCCUUUCAUAAGUCUCAGUUGUCAAAGCUGCGGGUUGCUCCUACAGAGACAGCAAUGAGUGAUGUUCUUCGCGAGGUUCUUAUUAUGAAAGUGUUGGAACAUCCCAAUAUAGUGAAUCUCAUUGAGGUGAUGGAUGACCCAAGCAUGGAUCAAUUCUACAUGGUUCUUGUGUAUGUGGAAAGCAAAUGGGUUUGCGAUGAUUCUGGACCUCCAGGAAGGCUUGGUGAAGAUACUGCUAGGAAGUAUGUGCGAGAUAUAGUAUCUGGACUUAUGUACCUCCAUGAUCAUAAUAUUGUGCAUGGAGAUAUAAAACCUGACAAUUUGUUGAUUACUAGCACGGGUACGGUGAAGAUAGGGGAUUUCAGUGUCAGCCAGGUGUUUGAGGACGACAAUGAUGAGCUUCGCCGUUCUCCUGGGACUCCUGUAUUUACUGCGCCCGAGUGUUGUCUAGGUUCAACGUAUCACGGAAGAGUUGCAGACACUUGGGCUGUAGGAGUUACUUUGUACUGCAUGGUACUUGGAAAAUAUCCGUUUCUUGGUGAAACACUCCAGGAUACCUAUGACAAGAUUGUUCAUAACCCUUUAUUCCUUCCAAAUAAAAUGAACCCGGAGUUGAGGAACUUACUAGAAGGACUUCUCUGCAAAGACCCGAAAGAGAGAAUAUCUUUGAAUGCUGUAGCCAAACAUCCCUGGGUUAUCGGAAAAGAUGGACCGAUCCCUCAGUACAUAUGUUGGUGUAAACGUAAUAAUAGCCAUUCCGAGGGCCAGAUCUAAUACAAGAAGUGAUACACAAUGGUAACUAGAUUAUCAUCUGGUUUUUGACAAUUCGCUGCACAGUUGAAAAAAACAGCUUGCGCCUCCGUUUUCACCCGUUUACUCCCUUUCAGUGCAUGCACCAGAGACGCAUACGUUAACUAAGACUCGAAGCAAAACUUUGUGGUAUACAUUAAGAUUAGGGUUGAGUGAAAAAAAACCGAGACCCCAUCGGCCAUUUCGGACAUUAGUUUUUAGCUCGGUUUUUGUGCAGGGAGUGAGUUGUGAGAUUUGUUAUGAUAGCUUUGGGUUAGAAGGUUAUCCUGAUUCCAGUGUACCAAAUACUUUGCGAUUGACAUUGUUAUUCUCUUAUGUUUCUCGGCUGUGAAUUGAUUGUAUAUAUACAUUAUCCAAGGCUUGAGGAGAUUUUGCA